AAAGUACAAAAAUUUCACAGAAUAUAUGCAGCAGGUUACAUAGAAGGUUUAAUAACUUGAAUACAUCAAACUAUAUUUUGUUUUGUUUUUGUUGUUACUUUGAUCAGGUCACGUAUGUAUCAGUUCGUUGAUCCACAAAUAUCAUCACUGCAAAUAAAUAGAAAAGAAUUGUUCGAUCAACAGUAUGAUUGACACUUUGUGGUCGCUUGCAAAAUCGUUAUCGAUCGUACGAUCGCACGUAUUGGAGUUACCGAUCAAUUGUCCCCUUAUCAGUUUGCUAUAGCGCAUUCAUAGGAAUUCAAACAAGUCCUUUUUUUCAAUCAAUAGCCUGAUACGCUUUCAAUUGUUUUUUAAUCAGUUCGUAUUCCUGAUAAAAACGAUACCGGCUCUCUUGUUCCGAUAAAACGAUUUCAAGCGUUGUUUCGACUGAAAAUGACCUUGUGCAUUUACAACAAGGUAAAUAGUACGCUUUCGAAACUAUCGUUGCCAUUAAUUUACGAAAAAAAAAUCAUCGAGCUAUUUGAUUACCGUUUAAAAAGUGUAUCAUUUAACAGCGAACACUGGAUUAAUUAUGUGAAUGAAAGGGGAACGAAGAGAAACAGAAACAUUUUACGCAAAAAUUUCACGACGAAAUCACCUUCGAUAAUUUAACGAACAGAGAAGAUUGAAAAGAUCUCGAUCACUAUCGAGAUCGAGAUGCGAUUAUCGUGACAUGAGUAACGAUCACCCGGAGCAAUCGUACCUGAAAUCUGGCGCGAAAUUCGAAAGAGCAGGGACAGGAAAUUGUCACGAUGCCACACGGGAAACGAGUAAAAGUAGAAUCUCGGAAGAGCGCGCGAGAGGAAGUGGCGUUGGAUCAGAAAAAAGUUCCCAGAGAACGUUGGAGGAUUCCCAGGAAGAUUCAUCUUGGAAAACAAUCGAACGUUCCCAGGAGGUUAAUUUUGCUUCGAGAACGGGCGAAAGUCUUUUAGAGCGUGUCGCUGCUGAACAAGAAAGUGCUGCAUGGAAAAGCAAUGAAGAUAAUUCGCGAACUUCCUGGACACUGAAGUCGACAACUUGCGAUAAUCUAUUGAGAAAUUUCAAGAGAAAGUACUUUUGGAAAUCGGAAAAGAGUUCGAAGGUUUUGCGUAAGAUGAACGAUAGGUCGUCGGAGUCAAAGGAACAUGUUCAAGGAAGUCCAGUAGAAACGAACGAACCGAACACUUCCUGGAGGUUGACAAGUACCCCCGUAUCGGAACCGGAUUCUCCACGGGUGCCAACGUUCAAUAGUUUGGCCCUAGACGUGUCGUAUGCCGGCUUGGACACUUCCGGUUUUCUCGAUCUCGAAUCCUCGAGAAAGUCGCACGAUGAAGAUCCGCCGGAACUCUGGGAAGAUUUCAGUGUCGUGGAAUGCUUGGAUAAGAAGCUCCUGAACGACGAAAGUACACCGGAAGAAAGGGUCGAAGCAUUAAGAGAAAUUUUGGCGGACACCGAUAUCCACGAAGGAGAUGGAAUCGUUUCGGACUUUUUGUUUCACGUUGCCAAAACGAAACACGGGAAGAUUUAUAUCAGGGUUAUUAGAACGAUGCUUAUCAAUCGAGUUCUAUGUAGCAGUCGGGUGAGCCAAAUGACCAAGACCUAUAAUGACAUAGAAGCAGUCACAAGGCUUCUGGAGGAGAAAGAGAAGGACUUGGAACUGACCGCACGUAUCGGUAAAGAACUUUUAUCGCACAACCAAAAACUUGAAACUACGGUCACCAGUUUGGAGUCCGACUUGAAGGAAGCCAAUGAAAGGAUCACUCAACUUACACAUGAACUUACGAAGAAAACAGAAUUAAUUCAGAUACUUACAAAUGAUGCCGAAGAAACGAGCUCCGAAGCCAGCACGCCCACCGGAUUACGGGGCAUUAAUCUAGACAUGAUGCAAAAGAAAAUCAGUUGUCUUGAAGAUGAAAAUAAACAAUUGAGAAGCGAAUUUGCCAAACUAAUGCACGAUGCUGAUCAUUCAGAGGAACAGGAGGCAAAACUUGUUAAAGAUAUUGCUGCUCAACUCGCAAAUGCAAAUAUGGAAGUAGAUGGAAUAGCAGAUGAGCUCGAUAGACAGAAAGAGGAGAAUCGAUUACAGCAUGAACAAAUUGUUAGUUUGACCGCAAAAUUAGCUGAAGCGGAAUUGAGACUGGCACAGUUAAUAGCCGAACAUGACGAAAUGGGAACUACUUUGCUAAUCACUAGGGACAAUCAGAAUACCCUGGCAACUGAGUUGGCCGAAUUCAAAGAUCGAUAUGCAGAGGUGGUGAAUUUAUUGGCUGAAACUCAAGAACAACUUCGUAAACAACGAAAAAGAGGAAUGCCAACCGUUAGGGGAGGAUCGUUGUUCCCCUCAAUGGGUGCAGCUCCGCAACCAGAUUCUAUUGCAUCAGAAUUGGAAUCGUCUCUUUAUUCUGAGCUGAGCUUAGAUUCUGGAAUCAGCGCUGAUAGGAUACCAACUUACAAAAAAGUCUUUGAAACGGUCAGGAGUGCUUCAAGGAAUUCUUACACGGUUGAAAGUAAUCAAUUCCCAAGGAUAGGUUCGAUGACUACAUCAACUCUGUCUAGUGGUUCUACUGGGCCACGGAUGAGUUGUGGACAAAUUCGACCCAUUACAUCUAUGUAUCCUAGUUUAGAUUCCACCGGUCACAGCGAUUCGGAAGGCUCCCUCAUUACAGACUCUGAGGAGUAUCCUGGUCCACAAAAAACGGGUGUACCAGGAGCUCCUGGAGCAGCAGACCUCGAGGCAGCUCUUCGUAGAUUGACACCCGCAGAAGUUCUAACAAGACGUGCAUGCCUUAGCACUGGUACAGGAUACAGUUAUGAUUAUGAUGCUGGAACUCAUUCACCCUCGACCUUCGUACCACUCGGUUGUAGAACUCCGGAUAGUAUCAUGUCCACUGGAAGUAGCGGAAAUUUGAGUGGUUACAGUGGAAAUUCUUGGAGAAUUCCUGAAAAAUUGCAAAUAGUAAAACCCAUCGAAGGUUCACAAACAUUGCAUCAUUGGACACAAUUGGCAACCCCUACUUUAGGUGGUCUUUUGGAGGAACGGCCAGGAGUGAAAACACGAGGAGGACGUGGCUUAGAAGACUUAGGCCUUGUCACUUUCACUUUAAGUGACCUUGAAGAAGAUGAAGAAUAUACGAACCCUGGAAAAUUAUUUCAAGAUACGGGUUCUGUAUAUACGUUUACUAACAGUACUGUACUUCACCCCGAUGAUCAUACCAGUGUAACUCCCAGUGUUGUGGGUAGUAGAGUCGCAACUGCACCCAGUAGCGCUUUAAAUUCUGGAAUGAGUACUCCACGUACUUUAAGUAGGAGGAAUUCAACUUCGACGUUUUCAACGACUCUCGGACUCGCAAAAAUGCUAAACGAAAGAGGCAUAAAAGCUGUAACACCUUCUUCGGUGAGGACGCCCAGUGACGAGAGAAAUUUUACACCCACCGCGACACCUUGCAAUAGUCCUGAUGCUAGUCCUCCAGAAAGUCGAUCAAGUUCACCAAUCAGGGAUAGUGGACUUUCCCUGGGAUUAUUAUCCAGUGGUGCAGAAUUAUUAAAGAGAACGUUUGGUGGAGAACCAGAGCCAGUACAAAGAAAGCGGACCGUAAUCUCCAGGUCCGACAAAAAAGCACUUACCAGUAUCCGUUUAGUAGAAAAACUCGAAAGAAUUGGUAUUGAUACUAUAAUGGCUACAACGGUUGGUUCCUCCAUCUCUCCAUUAGCACUUCAAGGUUCUCUAUAUACCAGGCGUACUACAGAAAGUCCAAUGGCUCAAUUAACCUUCCUGAAAAACUCGAUGUCCUCGAGUGGAAGUCAAGAAAAACUUUCGCCUUCUUCCACUGCAAGUGAUUCUGCGGCAACGAAACGGAAAAUUAUUGGAAAGAAACAAGACGAGUCUAUAUCAAAUAGAGAAUCAAACAGACAAAGGAGAACUGGUGCUAGGGCCACGAGACCUGAUCUUGGACAGGUUACGUCUGCAGUUCCUGUCACAGUUACAAAAGAAUCUCCUGCGCAAUCCGCUUUGGGAACUAUUAGCUCGCUUCUGUUUGGGCGAAAGGGUGGAUUACUUUGAAAGCAUUGUUUACUGUGCGUUGAGUAAUUUAUGAAAAACUUGAAUAAGGUUUUAGUAGAAGGUAAUGAAAGAUUGUCGGAGCGAUGGUAAAAUGGACAAUUUACUGCCUUUCCGUUAAAUUUGCUUCGUAAUAUUAUUUAACGAUAUUACAAACUAAUUUCUUUUUUGUAAUUUUUCAAUUUUAUACAUAAAUUUUAACGUACAGAUAUAGGACGAGCAGAAACAUUUUCAAGUAUAAUCAAAAUGUCGUAUACAAGAUGCAUUAUAAUACAAAGACUAGAACAUUUAUUAUCUUCGUGUGAUUUGAAUCAUGAUUUAUUUGCAUUGUAAGUAAAUGAAAUACAUAACUUUUUACACUAACUUCAUUUAGACAUGUUAUGUAUUUCGAUUACAGAAGCAUGAUAUUUUAUGUAAAAGUUAACAUUUUAUUUUUUUUAUAAGUUAUAUCAUCUUCGGCCUAAUUGAUAACAAUUUUCCCGUUUAUUUUUACAAAACAUCAGUAUAAAUAAUCAGUAGUACUUAAUAAUAGUUAAACAUUCCUUUAAUCAUCAUAAUUGUUCUCUUUUCUUUUUUUGGAGUUCAGUAUAAAUUUUCCUGUGUAAUUAGUGGAAAAUGUUUCAAUAUUACUUUUAUUAAAAAGUAUAAGUCUAUAAUUGAAUAUUUUUUAAAGCUCGACUACUGGAAUAUUUUCUGUAGUGUGAUAAACAAUAUAGUUUAUUCCAAAGCUCACAGUAUUAUACUUAAUUAUAAUUUUUCUAGAGUUUAUUUUUUCAACGCUCCGACGAUCUGUAGUUACGGAAAAUGUGAACUUCAUUAAUUUUAAUUUUAAUUUUACAAGACAGCUAUUUCGUGGUGGAUAUUGUUUUUCGUAAUCGUUUGUCGUAAGCAAAUGAUUUGUAUUUGAAAAGCAGAAAAGAUAUCACCUAGAAUGAUUUAGUUAAAAAACAAUGAAUUUGUAAAUGGUUAUUUUAGUGUUCAUGGUUAAACAAAGGUCAAUUUAGGUGCGUGAAUAUAAAUAAUUUAAAGUUAUUAGUUUAUACAUACGUAAAAACCAAAUGAGAUAGGAGAAUGUAUUAUAUAAAUUAAUUUGCAUCGUGUAGAAAAUAACAUAACGUCGUAGUAAAUACUUAAAAAUAGUUAGAACGUUUCAACCAUGUAAUUAUGAACUGCUACAUUUUAUUUAAUGCGAUUUUUAUAAAUAGUAUUGGCAUUUUAAACUUAAGUUUUUUUCAUAAAAAACGUUUGAUUCACUUAUUCGAUGCGCGUUACACUUUGUUACUGGAAAGGUUCAGUUUUAAAAAAAAACAAAACGGAACAAAAUUAGUUAACUUGCAAUUUGUCGUAUCACUUAAAUACUUCUAGUUAUUUUUUAAUUUUGUGCGCGCCAAAAUGCCCAAAAACGAUGAUAGAAUGCUACUGAAAACAGCAACGUUAAUAAUGCACGUAAAAUGUAAAACUGACUACACUUAUAGUCAACCGUGAUAAAAAUAAAUUACUUCAUAAGGAAGUGAUAAGGAUUGUACAAGAAUGUAUGAUCAAUUCGAGUAGUGAAGUUUAAUAAAAAUCGCAGCGAAUUUUGUAAGUCGAAGCACAAUUUUUAAGAACAACGUUUUAGGGUGCUUUACAUUGUAUUCUUUUCUUUUAAU